UGAUUUGUUGUUUAAUGAAUAUCAGCAUAAAAACAUCUUGCUCUGAACGAAGGACAGUUCUUUGAGCGAGCCGAAAUUUCGUCAGGAUUGGUCGGUCCUACCAUUACACCAUUGCAUUAUACAACAGCGGGUGUGUCGCGUGCUGUUGUUGGGAAGUGGACGGGAGUGACGCGUGGGGCGCUUGCAGAGAAAACCCAAUCGCUUCUGCUCUUUAGUCUCGUGCCAUGUAAAGGAAGUGUGUGCAACCAAUCCAAAGACAGACAGUAUCGCCUCGGUAGCUCUCAACCUGUCAACGGGGCCCUGCACGAUGGCUUACAGAAUACUGGGGACUUGCCGCGUGUUAUGCAGGACGAGCGGGUUUGCCCGUAGUCCUUGCGAUGGGAUGCACAUGCUGCCACUAUCCAGGCGCUCGCUUGCCCACAUCUCGUCCCGGUUCGAAGCACUGCUGGGUGGCCAUCUGCGCCGCUGCAAGCCGCCUGAAGGCUUUGAGAAAUAUUUCAAGCCCAAGAAUGGCGGUGGCAAGGAGGCUGCUGGAAAGGAAGGCAAGGCGCCACCUCCGCCGCCGCCACCAUCCCGCAGCAGCGGCGGCGGGGGCGGUGCUGGCCGCAAAGACGCCGCCAAGGACCCCAUGUGGUCGUUCAAGAUAAACUUUGGCGGGCCAGGAAUGAAGGGCAAGCCCGGCGACCAGGGCAGCAGCGAGCAGGCGCGCAUGGUGCUGUAUGUGGUGGCCGGCUGCACGGUGGUGGCGCUGGGCGCCGCCAUGUACGACGUCGGCUACAAGGAGAUCACGUGGAAGGAGUUCUCCAACAGCUACUUGGGCCGUGGCAUGGUUGACAAGCUGGAGGUUGUCAACAAGAAGUGGGUGCGCGUGCGGCUACAGCCUGGCAGCAACAUCGAGGGAGCCACGACGCUGUGGUUCAACAUCGGCUCGGUGGACGCGUUCGAGCGCAAUCUGGAGAACGUGCAAGCCGAGAUGAGCAUCGAGCCUCCCAACUACGUGCCGGUCGUCUACAAGCAGGAGCUGGAGGCCAGCAGCGUGCUCAGCUUCCUACCCACGCUGCUCAUACUCGGCUUCGCCGUCUAUAUGUUUCGACGGGGUGCGACCAUGAUGGGCGGCGGCGGCGGCGCCGGCGGCAAGCGCGGUGGCGGCCUGUUUGGCGGCGUCAUGGAGUCCACGGCCAAGCUGAUCAACCCGGAAGAGAUCGGCGUCAAGUUCAGGGAUGUCGCUGGAUGUGAAGAGGCCAAAGUUGAGAUAAUGGAGUUUGUCAACUUCCUGAAGCACCCGCAGCAGUACAUGGAGCUGGGAGCCAAAAUUCCCAAGGGAGCCAUGCUCACAGGCCCUCCUGGUACGGGUAAGACGCUGCUGGCCAAGGCGACAGCCGGCGAGGCUGCUGUGCCCUUCAUCAGCGUCUCUGGCUCCGAGUUCCUCGAGAUGUUCGUCGGUGUCGGCCCCUCCCGGGUGCGCGACAUGUUCGCCCAAGCUCGCAAGCACGCGCCGUGCAUCCUCUUCAUCGACGAGAUUGACGCGGUGGGCCGGAAGCGAGGCGGCCGCAGCCUGGGCGGCGCCUCCGAGCAGGAGAACACGCUCAACCAGCUGCUGGUGGAGAUGGACGGUUUCAACACGACCACCAACGUGGUGGUGCUGGCGGCCACCAACCGGGUGGACAUCCUGGACAGCGCGCUCAUGAGGCCCGGCAGAUUCGACCGGCAGAUAUACGUGCCGGCGCCCGACAUCAAGGGCAGGGCGUCCAUCUUCAAGGUGCACCUGAAGGAGCUGAAGACGGAGCUGGACAAGCAGGAGCUGGCCCGCAAGAUGGCCGCGCUGACGCCCGGCUUCACCGGUGCCGACAUCGCCAACGUGUGCAACGAGGCGGCGCUGAUCGCCGCUCGCGACCUCAACGACAGCAUCGUGCUCAAGCAUUUCGAGCAAGCCAUCGAGCGCGUGGUGGCCGGCAUGGAGAAGAAGACGCAGGUGCUGCAGCCGGACGAGAAGCGCACGGUGGCGUACCACGAGGCCGGGCACGCCGUGGCCGGCUGGUUCCUCGAGCAUGCUGACCCGCUGCUCAAGGUAUCCAUCAUCCCGCGCGGCAAGGGCCUGGGCUACGCGCAGUACCUGCCCAGGGAGCAGUAUCUCUACACCAAGGAGCAGCUGCUGGACCGCAUGUGCAUGACCCUGGGCGGCCGCGUGUCCGAGCACAUCUUCUUCAACCGCAUCACCACCGGCGCGCAGGACGACCUCAAGAAGGUCACGCAGAGCGCUUACGCCCAGGUGACCCAGUUCGGCAUGAACGAGCGGGUGGGCAACGUCAGCUUCGAGAUGCCACAGCCGGGCGACAUGGUGAUCGACAAGCCGUACUCGGAGGAGACGGCGCAGCUGAUCGACAGCGAGGUGCGCUCCAUCAUCUCCAGCGCCUUCGACAAGACGAUGGCGCUGCUCACCAAGCACAAGGACGACGUCGAGAAGGUGGCGCUGCGUCUCCUCCAGAAGGAGAUCCUGGCGCGAGACGACAUGAUCGAACUCCUCGGGCCGCGCCCCUUCAAGGAGAAGUCCACCUACGAGGAGUUCGUCGAGGGCACCGGCUCGUUCGAGGAGGACACCCAGCUGCCCAAGGGGCUGCAGGACUGGAACCGGGAGCGGGAGCCGCCCCGGCCCCAGUCGAGCAGCUCGUGAGGAGCCGGCCGCGCCGACCCGCUAGCUUCCGUUGUGUUUUGUGAUACGGACGGCCUGUGUGGUACCGCGCGGCCCGCGGAGCUGGCGCACCCGGCCAGACAGGCCGCGCGCGGCUAGGUGUGCUGUCAGGGAGUGCAGUGCUAGUCCUUGCCCGACUCAGGGGGGCAGGAGUUGUCGGCACGCGUGAGAGAAGGCGCUGGCUGUGUGUGUGUACGGUCUGAGAAUGGGUGUGCAAUUUACAGGCCAGCCGCCUUAUUGUGCGUAUUUUUGAUCGAUUGUAAUGCAUUUCGCGAAUACAAUAGGCUCCACCCUG